GUGAACUGUGUGAAACGGACCCCAGACUUGUGGCUCCACUCACACCAGACAAGUCAGUCACCCGCGUGGUGUCGUCCCGUCAAGGUCGACUUGUUAUUCAUUCUUCCGGACUCUGUCGACACUUCAGUUACUCUUCGUGUGGUGAUAAUGGUUUGGACCGUGUUGCUGGACUACUGGAAAGCUCUGCCAUGGUGGGACUACUUGGAUUUGGGUCAGGUUUGGGGCACUGUGAGGCCCUUCGUCAUCUGGGGCCAGGUAGUGGUGUUCGUGUGUCUCCUGCUGGUGGCCACCAUCGGCCGGCAGCUCAAGCUCAGGAGGAAGUAUGUAGAGCUCUUGGAUCGGGUCUUCCAGUUCGCAGCUCUCAAGAUUGUCGAAGAGCCGCUGGCGGAAGAGGAGGAGGAGGAGGAGGAGGACCUUUCAGAGAAUAAUGGGGUAGUUAUCUGUCCAGAGUCUCCUCGGGCAGAAUCCGCCUCUUCCACGGGGUCCUUCAGUUUCCAGGACCCGAUGCCCUACCUGGCGGCGGGGAUGAGGGCUAUCGUCGAGGACUGCGUCAGCAAGAGCUUCACUCCCGCCGAACUGCGUACCUGGAAUAUGCUUUCCAGAACCAAGAAGAAACGAUACCUGCGCGCGAGUCCCUCCCUGACGGUGGUGUGGGCGGUGGGGUUCGUGGUGCGGUGGGUGUUCCUCAUGCCGGUGCGGGUGUUGCUGCUGGUGCUGAGUCUGGUCACCUUGAGCGUCCUGUGCUCCAUCGUCGGCCUCCUCCCCAACAACGACUCCAAGCGGAGACUCAACGCCCGCGUCGUCGUCUGGUGUUUUGACUUCGUCGCGUCAUCGCUUUCCAUCGUUGCCAGAUUUCACGACACUGAAAACAGGCCGAGCCACGGCAUCGUGGUGGCCAACCACACCUCCCCCAUCGACUCCAUGGUCCUGGCCACCGACCAGUGUUAUGAUAUGGUGGGGCAGAAAACUAGGGGCAUCCUGGGGAUGUUCAUGAUGGCGCUGGCUAGGUCGUCCCACCACAUCUGGUUCGAUAGAUCUGAGGCUCGUGAACGAUCCCAAGUCUCGAAAAUGAUCGAGGCGCACGCACAGGACCCGGCCAAGCCCCCGAUACUCAUCUUCCCUGAAGGGAUCUGUAACAACAACACCGUUGUCCUGCAAUUUAAGAAGGGCGCCUUUGAGCUGGAUAGCGACAUCUUCCCCGUGGCCAUCCGGUUCGACUUGAGGUACGGGGACCCCUUCUGGUACCAAGACACCUUCGGCGCCUACCUCUUCAGUAUGAUGACCUCCUGGGCCAUAGUGUGCGACGUGUGGUACCUGCCCAAGACCAGGCGAGCACAACACGAGUCGGCAGUGGCCUUCGCAAAUAGGGUGAAGGCGCAGAUAGCCCACCGAGGGGGGUUCGUGGAGCUGGUGUGGGAUGGGUUCGUGAAAUACUCGAGCAGUCUACAGAUGAAGCAGACCCACUGGAGAAAGAGGCAGCAGGAAGAGUUUGCCAGACACUUGAGUGAGAGCGAGGACCUCGAAGUGAAGGAGAGAGAAAGAGAGAGAGAGAGAGAAGAAUGUGAGAGAGUGAGAGGAGAGAGAGAGAGAGACAGAUGUGAAAGACACAUCAAAGAAGCUUGAGAGGGUUUCGUCAUUAUAUCUACCAUCGAAUAAAUAUAUUUAAAGUCAAAAC